AUGAAAGACAUCGACGUUAAGAAAGUUGAAAAAAGAAAUUGCUAUGGUGGACAAGCUCUCCCCGAAGUGCCAAUAGACCAACAAGGGGUAAGUUUUCCACUAAUCCCACGCAGUACAUGCCACUAUGUAAAACAGCCAAAUAUGAGCACAUAUAUGAUCACUGUCAAAAAUAAUAGACAAGAUAGAGUUGUAAGCGGAUCAAACUAG